AUGGUCACCUCCGCCAACAGGAUAGGUGCGAUUGGUUUUGUAGUCAGAGAUUUUGCAGGUAACAUUAUAUUGGCUGGUGCAAGACGUUUUCUUAGCAUAGUGGCACCGAUUGCAAUAGAGGCAUUGGAGCUUCGGACAUUAAUGGAGGAGGUGUUACUAACAGGGUAUAAAGACAUAAUCUGUGAAGGGGACUGUCAGAUUCUGAUAAAUAUUGUUAAUUCCUCCUCUAGUAACAACAGAGAUGCCGGGGUUGUUUUUGAAGAUAUUCUCAACCUAAUUUUCCAUUUCUCGGAAAUUAGAUUUCUAUAUGUAAACCGCAAAAAUAAUUGGGUAGCUCAUUUGAUGGCUAAAAAAGCCUUUGUCGAUGACUGCUUCUGCGGGUCUCAUUAUUAUGUUAUGGAUUGGCUCACUCAAAUGUGUUGA